UCCACCCCUACAAAUUCUUAUAAAUACCUGGGCGAAGAUUGUAGAAUGAAAUAUCUGCAUGCUCAGCAGUGUCGCUGACUUUGACUACUAAUCUGUGACAGUCUGCACCUCUAGCAUCUUCGUUAUGGCAUCCAACAUACUGUUUGGGCUUUUCCCUGCCCAGCUGUACUCGUGGGCUGCCUCUCUCUGCCUCCUGCUAGUACUGUAUAAAGCCACUCAGCUUUAUCUGAAACGGAGGUUUCUGGUUGCAGCAUUAAGCCCUUUCCCAGGUCCUAAAAGCCACUGGCUGUAUGGGAACGCACAUGAGUUUUUCCAGGUUGGGAAAGAACUGGACCUUAUUCUUCGCUGGGCUCAGGUUUAUCCAUAUGGAGUUUCCAUGUGGCUGGGAAAUUUCCAUGCUGCCCUUUUUGUAACACACCCUGACUAUGCUAAGGCUAUCCUGGGAAGGCAAGAGCCAAAAGAUGACACAGCAUACAAAUAUUUAGUUCCGUGGAUUGGUAAAGGAUUAUUGGUGCUAUCAGGGCCCAAAUGGUUCCAACACAGAAGAUUAUUAACUCCAGGAUUUCAUUAUGAUGUACUCAAGCAAUACGUGUCUUUAAUGUCAGACUGCACCAGAGUCAUGCUGGACAAAUGGGACAAGCUGAUGCCAAAUGAGAAGUCAAUUGAGCUUUUCCACCAUGUCAGCCUGAUGACGCUGGACACUAUCAUGAAAUGUGCCUUCAGCUACAACAGCAGCUGCCAAAAUAACAGAGAUAAUGAAUACAUCAAAGCUGUGUAUGAACUCUCUUACCUGGUGUAUGAAAGAUCUAGCUUCUUCCCGUAUCACAAUGAUGUGAUUUUCAGUCUGAGCCCUCUUGGGUUUCGUUUCCGUAAAGCACUCUCAAUAGCGCACCAACAUACAGAUAAAGUCAUAAAACACAGAAAAGAAUCACUCAUUAAUGAAACCGAACUGGACAAAAUCAGCCAGAAAAGGCACUUGGACUUUCUUGAUAUUCUUCUUUUUGCAAAGGAUGAAAAUGGGAAGGGUCUAUCUGAUGAGGAUCUCCGUGCAGAGGUGGACACAUUCAUGUUUGCAGGCCAUGACACAACAGCCAGUGGGAUCUCCUGGAUCUUAUAUUGUAUAGCCAAAUACCCAGAGCACCAGCAAAAAUGCCGGGAGGAGAUUACAGAGUUGCUUGGGGAUAGAGAGACCAUGGAAUGGGGUGACUUGGGGCAGAUACCUUACACUACUUCGUGCAUUAAAGAAAGCCUUAGGCUCUACCCACCAGUACCAAUAAUUGGACGUCGACUGAGCAAAUCAAUAACCUUCUCCGAUGGGAGAAGUCUCCCAGAAGGUACAGAGGUAAUUACGAGCAUCUAUGCAAUAAACAGAUCUCCAAGUGUUUGGAAAGACCCAGAGGUGUUUGAUCCUUCAAGGUUUUCACCAGAGAAUUCAGACAGCAGACAUCCCCAUGCCUUUAUUCCCUUUUCUGCUGGUCCAAGGAACUGCAUCGGACAGAACUUUGCAAUGAAUGAGAUGAAAGUGGUUGUUGCACUGACCUUACAGAGAUAUGAACUGUUUCCCGACCCUGACAAUAAACCCCAAAAAGUCCCCCAGAUAGUCCUACGAUCCCUAAAUGGAAUUAAUGUCAAGAUCAGAAGAGUGGAAAAAAAGAAGAACAAAGAGGGGAUGUGAAAAAGCAGUUCAUCAAUAAAUUAAAGAGAGGCAGCCCUCUGGAUUUUGGGAAAUGUGGUUUCAAGACACUAUGAGGAUGCUGGGAGCCUAGGAAAAAUAAUGACAGAAAAAUAAUGUAUUGCUUUCUCUAUUUGAGGACUUUUAGCAAGUUAUCCAUCUUCUAGCAUCUUUUCCAAUCCUAACUCAUAUCACCAUAAACAGAAUAUUGGCUCCUGAGUACAUAGAAUCCUAUCAUGCGACAGAUGGCAGUGCAGCUCUCCUGUAGCUGAUUUAAUACUUACCUGUGCUUCAUUUAACAAACCCAUUGUAACCAUUGGCUGAGCUCUAGUUAUAAAGCAGUCAUUAAUGGACAAGGAAAACCUCAAUCACUGGCAGGUGACUUACAAAUUGCUUACUUAUUAGCAUAUCAGACUGCCUGUCUGAACGUCUGAACAGACACAAGACAUACCACGGAAAAUGCUGAUGCCCAGGCCCAGACUGGCAAUCUGUGGAUCCUGGCAAAUGCCAGAGAGGCUGCCAUAAUAUGCCAUAGACAGUCACUAUUUCGUGAGCUGGUGGGGGCUGCUUGGGCCUCUAUGUAUUUAAAACAUAGCCAGAUCCUAUUUGAAUCUCAGUCUGGGCCUGUUGACACCUUUUCAAAAGUCAGCCCAGAGUAAGCAAUUUAGAGUCUCUGGGAUAUAACAAAAUACCCCUCCCCGGUUUCCUUAUCCUUUAAUACUAAUAAUACUUUUUAAAACGAACAGCAGUCAGUUGUAAAAUAAACAAACAAUAUUUAAGGUGGGAAUAAAGUAAUGAUUUGUCAAACAAAUUGUAAGCACUUGUAUAUGUAUCUAUAAAAUCUCCCUUAGCUUA